UUGAGCCUGCCUGGUGGGUGUUCAGUGAGCAUCGGCACUGAGGGUUCCUGGGACCGCAACACCUGUGUUUUGUAAAGGUGGAUGUGCAGUGAUGGAGGCAGCUUACCUGCGGCUCCUGAUCAGUCUCCUCUCCCUCCUCUUCCUCACAGUCUCCGCGGAGACCAGCCCGACUUGUGUGACCCGCCGUUGCCUCGCCAAUGAGCUCAUUGCUCAGGAAAUCAUCAGCCAGCCACAGACUGCAAACUGCAGCGUGGAGGUUUUCCUGAGGCAGAUCAUGUACAAAACCGUGGAUGUUGACACCAAAAGCCUUCUGUUCACCAGCUCUCUCAUAAUAAUGAUGGAGUGGGUAGACCCAGCCCUGGCCUGGAACAGGUCUGUAUAUCCAUACGAAACAGUCAUGGUGCCCAUCGACAAGGUCUGGACUCCGCUCCUCCAUGUGAAAAACUCAGUGAGCACGCAGUCGGAGUCCAGCUCUUCAGACCUGCUGGUCUACAGCAACGGCACCGUGGAGCACGUGAUCAUCAUGCACAUCUCCGUCGACUGCGACAUCAACCUCUACUCCUACCCCUACACUGUGGAUUCCUGCCCCAUCUACCUGAACGGCAGGACCUCCAUGGGAUGUGGCACUGUGGUGCACUUCGGGACCAUAAUGCUGAAAGGUGGGGAGAGGGGGGACUGGAGGACCGAGGAGGUGGAGAACAUCGAGGACCGCAAUGGAGACACGUACCUCUGGGUCACCAUGAGCACCAGGUCCUUUAACCCCACUGUGACACUGAUCCUCCCCAGCGCGUUGAUCAUGCUGGCGGACAUGGCGAGCUACUCACUGCCACUGGGCAAGAGCGAUCGCGUCUCAUUUAAGGUCACGCUGGUGCUCAGCUUCGUCAUGUUCCUCCUCAUCCUCUCUGAUAUCCUCCCCGGAGACAGCUUCUGCAGCCCGCUGAUCCGCUAUCAUUUCUGCAUCUGCUUGAUCUGCCUGGUGAUCAGUAUGAUCCAGUCCAUGCUGACGACCCGCCUGGCUGCAGAAGGCUCUCUCCUGCCCUUCCGACUGCCCCGAUGGUGUUCACCCUGUGGCGGGCCAGCCAGCCCAGAGGAUGGAGCAGAUACCGCAGAGCCCGGCCCGGAGCUGCUGAGCACCGUGGUGAAUCUGAAGGCAGAGGCAGAGGCAGCCGCCCUGCGGAAGGUGGUGAAGUACCUCGAGGAUGUGACCAGGAGAGAGAGGCAGGCCAAGAGGAGGGCGAGCUACGCCAACAGGGUGGACAGGAUGUGCUUCUGGGGCUACGUGGGGCUCUUCCUGGCUUACUCCGCCUGCGCGGUGUUCAUGAUCGGGUUCUACAAGUGCAAGGUGGACCACUUUAACUUGUAGCCUGCGGAAGAC